GCGCGCAUGCGCGGCGCGGGUCAAUGGCGGGGCGAGCCAGCCUGGCGGAAGCUAUAGUUCCAACAUGUCGGGUGAGGCAGACGGACUGUUCAAACGGGUGCUGGUGCCGAUCCUCUUACCUGAGAAGUGCUAUGACCAACUUUUCGUCCACUGGGACUUGCUUCAUGUUCCCUGCCUCAAGAUUCUCCUCAGCAAAGGCCUUGGGCUGGGCAUCGUGGCUGGGUCACUUUUGGUGAAGCUGCCCCAGAUAUUUAAAAUCCUGGGUGCCAAGAGUGCAGAAGGACUGAGUCUCCAGUCAGUAAUGCUGGAGCUGGUAGCGCUGACUGGAACUGUGGUCUACAGCAUCGCAAACAACUUCCCCUUCAGCUCUUGGGGCGAAGCACUGUUCCUGACACUUCAGACAAUCACUAUCUGCUUCCUGGUCAUGCACUACAGAGGAGAGACCGUGAAAGGAGUUGCUUUCCUCGCCUGUUACGCGGUGACCCUGCUGGCGCUGCUUUCCCCACUCACGCCGCUGGCUGUAGUGACCAUGCUUCAGGCCUCCAAUGUACCUGCUGUGGUCGUGGGGAAGUUGCUCCAGGCAGCUACCAACUACCGCAACGGGCACACAGGCCAGCUUUCAGCUAUCACGGUGUUUAUGCUGUUUGGGGGCUCCCUGGCCAGAAUCUUCACUUCUGUUCAGGAAACUGGAGACCCCCUCAUGGCUGGAGUCUUUGUGGUCUCUUCCCUCUGCAAUGGCCUCAUUGCUGCCCAGGUCCUCUUCUACUGGAAUGCAAGGCCUCCCCACAAACAGAAAAAGGAGCAAUAGUGCUGAGCAGCUAGCUUCUAGAAUCAUCCACUCAACUUGAGAGUCUUCCCCACUUGAUGUGGUCUGCUGGUGCAACUCAAGUCAUCCUCCAUCCCUGCAUAACUGCAACCCCCUGAGCCAGGGUUUGUGUAAAACAGUAAAGUUUUUCUAAGUAUGUCCUGUACUCACUCACUUCACCAAUUGGCUGAGUCAGGUCCGUCCUUUAUCAGCAGCCAUGUUGUUACGGGGCAGAUGCCUUCCUUGGAAACGAGGACAGAGCCUGGACAAAUGCAGUUGGCAGCUUGUGGCUGCUUCCCUCUGCCAGCUGACUGGGACGAUCUUUUGGACCCUAGUUCUGGAGGUGGGGGAGGGGAAUGACUCAGGUAAGGGCCUCAGGGUGGGGUAGGGAAGUUCCUGCUGUGGCAGGUCCACAAAGGGUGUGGAGAAGGCACGGGUUGCUGUUGUAGUGAGAAUACAGAUGGACCAAUAAAAACUCGGAGACGUGCUUUAAUUGUA